AAAGCUCACGUUUUGAGUUAGGCCCCUCAUGUGGGCUCCAUACUCACACAUACAGUUGCUCUCCUUAACUAUAUUUAUAUCACCCUAAACUCUACCCUAAUUCUCACCACAAUCCCACACUCCUCUCCUUUCCUCUUCCUACCACCUCAUCAUCUCCACCUAGCGCAGCAAUGGCGGAUGCCGGCGGCGGCUCGGCCUUGGGCCGCAGAAUGUGUUCCAUCCCCGAGAAAUUCCAGCUCCACAUAGCCAUGCUGGCCUUGCAGUUCGGCUACGCAGGUUUCCAUGUUGUCUCCCGCCUUGCCCUCAACAUGGGCAUCAGCAAGAUUGUCUUCCCUGUUUAUCGAAACAUUCUCGCCUUCAUCCUUCUCCUGCCCUUUGCAUAUUUUCUCGAAAAGAAGGAGAGGCCGCCGAUUACAUGGAGCCUCGUCCUCGAAUUCUUCCUGCUCGCAAUAGUUGGGAUAACGGCAAACCAAGGGUUCUACCUGGUGGGGCUGGACAACACCUCGCCAACGUUCGCCUCCGCCAUACAGAACUCGGUUCCCGCCAUCACAUUCCUCAUGGCCGCCCUUCUGAGGAUAGAGAAGGUGAGAUUGGAUCGGAAAGACGGGAUCUCGAAGGUGGCGGGGCUGCUGAUCUGCGUGGCGGGCGCGUCCGUGAUCACGCUGUUCAAGGGCCCGGCAAUCUACAGCCCUCCGGCGACGCUGCAGAGGGCGGUGGCGGAGGCAGUGGCGCCAGCGGUGAUGGGGGACGCGAGCGGGAAGAGCUGGACGCUGGGGUGCCUGUACUUGAUCGGGCACUGCCUGUCGUGGGCGGGGUGGCUGGUGCUGCAGGCGCCGGUGCUCAAGAGGUAUCCGGCGCGCCUCUCCUUCACCUCCUACCAGUGCUUCUUCGGAAUCCUCCAAUUCCUCGUCAUCGCCGCCUUCUUCGAGAGGAACGGCGAGGCCUGGCUCAUCCGCACCGGCUCCGAGGUCUUCAGCGUCUUCUACGCCGGAGUGGUGGCAUCAGGGAUCGCCUUCGCUGUACAGAUAUGGUGCAUCGAUAAAGGCGGGCCCGUCUUUGUCGCCGUCUACCAGCCCGUCCAGACCCUCGUCGUCGCUAUCACUUCUUCCCUUCUUCUAGGAGAGGAAUUCUACUUGGGAGGGAUAAUUGGUGCAGUGUUGAUCAUAUUCGGAUUGUACUUGGUGUUAUGGGGCAAGAGUGAAGAGAAGAAAUUUGCAGCGCUCCAGUCCCCCGCGGAGCACAGCACCAGCAGACCAACCCCGCAGAUCAAGCCGUCCAUCACUCAGCCGCUCCUCUCGCAGACAACGGAGAAUGUUUGAUCGCCUGACUUUGACUAGCUGCUUUUUGCUGGAGAAAAAAGAAAAGGAAAAAAAGGGGUUAUUUUCGAGUCCAGUUCAGCUAUGAUUAAUAUAAAAAUGGCGUGCAGUGUGUAUCAAAGCAAAUCAACGUUGCUUAUUUUAUUGUUAGGGUAUUUUCGCUUUUCAUUUUCGCAAUUUAAUAGUUAGGAGAGUGCUUUAAAAGAAACAAGAAGAAAAAGUUGGCAAGAAAAGAAAGAGGGUUUUGAGGGAAAUGGAUUGUAAUGAUUAUGAUCUUGUCUAAGCAUGGAUAUCCCUUGUGUUUUUUAUAUAAUUACUACCAAUUUUUAAUGGUGUUUGAUUAUCUA